AUGACCGUGUCGUUCAUCCUGCGCCGCGACUUCAUCGACUUCCACAGCUCGCUGCUAGCUUUAGGCUUCAAUUGGGCACCCCCUCUCUCCCAAACCCUCUCCCCCAAACCCUCUCCCCCGUUCUCCCCCAUUCUCUUCCCCCCAUUCCCUUGCCCAUUCCUUGUCCCUCAUUCCCUUGGCCUCAUUCCCAUUACCCUAUCCCCUUGCGCCAUCACCUUGCACCAAUUCCUUUCCCUCCCUGAACCCCAUUCCCUUUCCCCCACCCUCUGCCUCCUGAGUCGGCCCUUGCCUUCAAUCCCUCACCCCACCCCCUCUGCCUCCCCUCCCAGGGUUCGUUUUCAACUGUGCGACCACCUUCCUGCUCACCAACGCGCUCAAGGGUUCGUGUUCAACUGUGCGACCACCUUCCUGCUCACCAACGCGCUCAAGGUCUCCAUCGGCCGGCCCCGGCCACACUUCUUCAUCGUCUGCUUCCCCUCGGGCGUUCCUGGCAUGGCAGGUGUGUACGGCAGCGACGGCAACGCACAGUGCAACGGGUCGUCAUCCAGAGUCAUGGAGUCGAGAGUCAGCUUCCCCAACGCUGCAACACUUUCAGGGCAACGCUCCCUUACCCUGGAGCUCCCAUACCCGCUCUCUUCUCCCCUUCACCUGUCACUGCACUGCCUGGCAAGUGUGUAUGACAGCAGUGGCAACGCACAGUGCAACGGGUCGUCAUCCAGUGUCAUGGAGUCGAGAGUCAGCUUCCCCAGCGGCCACACCUCCAUGUCCUUUUCGGGUUUGACCUAUGCUGCUCUCUUCCUGGCAGCCAAGCUGCAGGCGUUCAUGUCCUUUGCAGGUUUGACCUAUGCUGCUCUCUUCCUGGCAGCCAAGCUGCAGGCGUUCAGCGCAAGAGGGAGGGGGCAGCUGUGGCGGCUGGUGCCUUCGGCAUGCUGCCUGGCGGGUGCUGCUUCCGUGGGCAUCACUCGAAUCGACGACUACUGGCACUUCCCAUUCGACGUGUUCAUCGGAGGGCUGAUAGUGGACGACUACUGGCACUUCCCAUUCGACGUGUUCAUUGGGGGCCUCAUUGGGCUCAUUGUAGGCGCGUGUCUGUUCGGGUUCGAGUGGGAGGGGGAGGGGUCACAUGUGGCGGCUGGUGCCGUCAGCAUGCUAUCUGGUGGGCGCUGCUUCCGUGGCCGUCACUCGAGUGGACCUACACUGGCACUUCCAGUUUUGAGGCGCCUCAAAAACUAUGCUGCCUGGCGGGCGCUGCCACUGCGCCUCAAAACGGGCGCUGCCACUGUGGCCAUCACCCGAGUGGACGACUACUGGCACUUCCCCUUCGACGUGUUCAUUCGGGGGCUGAUAGCUGGUCGACUGUAUGAGAGCAUGGGCCAUAAUGCUGUGUGCAUGAGAGCAUGGGCGCAUGAGGGCAUGAGAGCAUGUGGGCAUGAGAGCAUGGGUGCAUGA